UUACUAGCGGAAAAGAGAUAAAACGUCACUGUUCACUCAGGUGAAAGUGUGGCACAGCUCACUAAGAGGGAUAGCAGUAGGUGUGCUAUCAGCUGAUACAGCAGGACCUGUGGACUGUGCAACAGGUUCGCUCUGCUUCUCCGCCUGAGCUCAGUCUGUCCGUCUGUCCGUACUAUUAGAGAUGAAGAGGAGACUCCUGCUGGUGUCCAACUCCACUCUGCACGGCAGCGGGUACCUGGAACACUGUCAGCAGCACAUCUCACGCUUUUUCGGAAAAGAUAUAAAGAGGGUACUGUUUGUUCCUUACGCUCUCCAUGACAGAGAUGCCUACACCAAGACCGCCAGGGACAAGUUUAAGACUCUUGGUUACGAGGUGGACAGUAUCCACGAGGCCUCAGACCCCAUUGACGCCGUCCAGAGAGCCGAGGGCAUUUUUAUAGGAGGAGGGAACACUUUCCGGCUGCUGAAGGGUCUCUAUGACAGCAAGGUGGUGACAGAGAUCAGGAGGAGAGUGCUCGAGGACGGUGUCCCCUACAUGGGUUCCAGUGCCGGGACCAAUGUUGCCACCAUCAGCAUCAACACCACCAACGACAUGCCCAUCGUCUACCCUCCAUCCUUCUAUGCCAUUGGCCUUGUUCCCUUCAACAUCAACCCACACUAUCUGGACCCAGACCCCAGCAGCCGCCACAUGGGGGGUGAAGGUCCUUUACUGCCUGAGGAAGUUACGCAACACGUGGAGCUGUGGAAACUGCAGUGGUUAACAAAAUAAAGGCAGUGUCAGUAAACAGAAAUAAAGUUGUUUUUUGUUUGACAUUUUAGAGGUUUUUAUUUUGAAUCCCUGGAUAGUUUGUGAGUGAGUGGGGACCUUUGCAUAAACAUUACAAUCCAGCUGUCCCAUAGUUCCGUGCUGCUUUAUUGACUUUGAUUUCAUUGCAAAAGUGAUGCAAAAUUGAUUUCUUACCUCAAAUCAUCUCUGCACAUUACAUUUUGACUUGUCAUAGUAGCAGAAUCACAGUCAUAAAUCACUAUUUAAGUGUCUCAGUAAGUCAUGACAGUGUGACAGUGAGCCAGCAUGCACAAACCAGGACCUGAAACUGAAGCAGCUAAAUGGAAUAAAUAUUUGGAAGUAAAAGAAGUAAUAACAUCAGUUAUUAAUACUGUGAAUGCUCACUUAACGUUUGGCAUUUCACAAUGUGUAUUGACUAAAGCAUGUAAUGACCUUAAAAUGCUUAUAACAUUAUACAUUAUAUAAUGUAAAUAUUACCAAUUGAAAUGUUUUAAAAAUGCAAACUCUGAGCAUGUCUCUUUUUCUGCCAAUAAGGAAAGUAUUGUUCAUGACAUGGACACUACUUUCACAGUGCAAUUUGUCUUUAUGAAUUAUCAUCCCAUUCCUAAUCAUUUCUCCAACACCCACAAUCUGUUUACAAUUUGUCAUGAUGUUCU